CGCCGAUUGGCCGGCUCGGCGCCGGUGGGCGGAGCUUCGCCGCUGUUGGAGACCUGCCCGCCGGCUCUCCCCGGCUCCGCCCCAGCGCUGCUCCCUCCCACUUUACUACAGGCGGCUGAGGCCGGGGCCGUCGCGCCACACGGGAGGGAGCAGGCUGGCCCGGCACGACCCCGCCCGCAGCUCCCGCCCGUGCCUCGGAGACGCCAACCCAGCAGCAGCAGCAGCUGCCUCAGAGACGCCGCCGCCGCCGCCGGUCCCGGCCUGCUUGGAACACGCGGACGGGGCGGGAAUGUUGCUCUCCAAGAUCAACUCCCUGGCCCACCUGUGCUCCGCGCCCGGAGGGGACCUGCACCCGGUCAAGCCCCUGCCAGGUCAGCCACACCGGAGGGGCAGAGGAUGGAUGGGGGGGGGGUUCGGGCGGCCUGCAGGCGCCCCUCACGGUCGGUCGGGGUCGUGAGGCGAAGGCGGGGCUGGGGUGGCGGCCAGGGGUUUGUUUUGUUUGGGGAGCGGCUGAUGCGGAGAGAUCGGGCGGGAGGGAGAGCAGCGUUGCUGAGGAGGCGCAAUGGCCUGACCUCCCCCCCUCUCCCCAUCCCUCGUUUUCUCUCCCUUCGCAGGAAAAGAAAAGGAACCCCUGGAGAAGUUGUACCAGGUGGGCCCGCUGCUCGGCAGUGGCGGCUUCGGCUCGGUCUACUCGGGGACCCGGCUGGCGGAUGGAGCUCCGGUGAGUGCUUGGCCGCGGGUGGAUUGUGCUCCCAUUUGCUCCCCGUCGCUCUCCCUCUACGGUUUCCCCUCACCCCAAUUUUCUCCCAAAAAAAUACCCCUUCCAUUCAUUCCAGUCCCCCCUCCCUCCCCGCCACCCAUGGCAUUUCUUUCUACCGGUCCUGUUCGCUCACUCCAUUUCCCCCCUCUUUAAUCUUCGUAGGUGGCGAUCAAGCAUGUGUCCCGCGACCGGGUUUCGGAAUGGGGGGAAUUGGUAAGUGUUUGAUCGGAGGAAUGCCCCCGUGUUGCUCGAGAGAAUCUCUUUCAGCUUUCAGUGAUCUGCCACAAUGCAGGUCGAUUGAUUCUCCUAUUCAUGAAUCCUGUUUUCUCUCUCUCUUCCCCCCCCCAAAAAAAAUCACAUUGCAGCCUGGUGGAACGAGGGUACCGAUGGAGAUCUUGCUCUUGAAGAAGGUUGGCUCUGGCUUUCGGGGCGUAAUCCGGCUCCUGGAUUGGUUUGAGAGGCCAGACAGUUUUAUUUUGGUUUUGGAACGGCCUGAUCCCGUGCAGGAUCUCUUUGAUUUCAUCACGGAGCGGGGUGCUCUGCCCGAAGACUUGGCUCGCAGCUUUUUCCAUCAGGUUUUGGAGGCGGUUCGACAUUGUCACAGCUGUGGGGUUCUGCACCGGGAUAUCAAGGACGAGAAUAUCCUGAUUGACCUGAGCAGUGGAGAGCUCAAACUUAUAGACUUUGGAUCUGGAGCGCUGCUCAAGGACACAGUGUACACUGACUUUGAUGGUGAGUCUUGUCAAUUUCCAUUCACUGCUUUGAGCCAGGGAAUUUCCUCUUUGAAACACUGUGUUCCCGGGGUUUGAGUGCUUUGCAGCAAUGGAACAUGUUCUUCCUCUGAGCUGUAGGACUUGUUCUUCUUAUGAAAUACAUUUUAUCCUGAUUGCCUAUUGCCUACACAGUUUCUGUUGAUAGGCGAUUUAACUCCAAUCAACUGCUAGACUUUGCUAAUGGUUUUUUAUGAGCCUGAACCUACUGUCUUAUUUGUGGUGUGAAAGUAGAAAGUGAAGGAACCAGGCAGUAAAUAUGUUGUAAAUCUGAGUGGCUACUAAUUCACUUGUGAGGGAGUGCAGAAGUGCAAGGCUGAAUGUAAACAUGUUUGCAGGCAUACUGUUCAAAACCUUGAAUGCUAAUCAAAAUCUGUAACUAAAGGGAAAAUCUUAAAGUACGUGGAUUUCUAUCUUUCUAAAACUGAUAGAUGACUGAAAGGGUUUUGUAGUUUGUCCCUACGAAGAGCAGAGUACAAAAAAGCGGAGGAGGUAGUUACUAAGAUCUGCUGCCUCUGCCACCUCACUAAAUUAAUCAUUUUAAAUGGAAAGUUGCUUUUCGUCAUGGCAUGAAUGUUGUGAAAUCUAAUCUGGAAGAGAUCUGUUUACAUUCAUCUCACUUUACCUUCCCUGCUAAGAAGCACAAAUCAAUAAUUUGUUUAACAAAAUGUGCAUGUGGGGGAAAGGAGAUGCAAGUAUUGAAGAUUUGAAUAGAAAUGGGAGCUGCUCACAGACAUUAAUUGUUUCCAGAAAACAAACCAAGCUUCUAGCCGUUGCGACUCUUUUCAUGAGCUGUUGACUUUCAAAAAAUCACGGCUGGCUUUCAGUUUGGUUUGUUUGUGUUUUUUUUUGCCUCUGGGUUCCUGAGUAGCAUGAGCUGCCUUGCAUUUUUUGUUUUGUUUUUAAUUUAACGGUUAAUGACCAGGGGUGGGUUUGCUCCUCCCUCCGUUGCCCUCUUUCUUGCACAAAUACUCAAGCUUCUGGUGCCCCCUGGUGGCUCAUGCGGAUUUUUUUUACAACCCAAAGUUUGUAAACAAGAGUCACGUGGCUGGAAACCAGACUAGCAGCUCUGACCUCAGUAUCCUUGCUUCCUGCCAGCAAGGAGGUGGGUGGGGGAGAGAGAUCAGAUACUACAACAAAGGGUGCCAAGAGCUACUGCAGUGGUGCAAGUAAGCUGCAUCUCAGCAUCACCACAUGCAGAACUAAAAGAUAAAGCCACCCCAUCAUACUGUACAUUCAAUCUUUGUCAACAUCUUAAGCAGCUUGUCUUCAGAAGUCCAUACCUGGUUUUUACUAACUGCAUUGUCAUAGUUGAAAACUAGUUCACUUGAUGUUCCUGGUCCUUUGAUCAGUGUGUCCAAGCGCUGAAAAAAAUCACCACUGAGGUGAUUUGUAGGAAUUUUAAACCUCAUUAUGAGACCUUCCUCUUCUUUCUCUUCUAGGGACUCGUGUAUAUAGUCCUCCAGAAUGGAUUCGCUACCACAGGUACCAUGGUAGAUCUGCUGCCGUCUGGUCGCUUGGAGUACUGCUCUAUGACAUGGUCUGUGGUGAUAUCCCCUUUGAACAUGAUGAGGAGAUCGUAAGAGGUCAAGUUUAUUUUCGGCAAAGGAUUUCUCCUGGUAAGUGUCUGCUGCUCUUAUGAGAUAGGGGAUAACUUAGCGGACAGGGCUCAUCCACUCUCUGCUUUGAGGGACAGUACUUGGAAGUAUUUCUGAUGAUCCCCAACAUCUUUUAUAUUAGAUGAUACUGCUAUAUGCUAAAGCAUGCAAGUAGCACUUCAGCUGCUGAGGGGGGGGGGACCUAGAAUUUGAAAUUAAGUGGUGUGUUACCAUCUAAAUUGCAGAAGCAAGUGUUCCCAAAACACUGUUAUUGGGCUUCCAGUCAGAUUUUGAAUCAUUCCCUUGAUGUCAAACUUGAAGCCAACACACCCUGGUAUGAAUAGCAAAGCAAACAUUAGUUAACCAUUGUUUCAGCCAUGUAAAACAGUCUUGUUUUAUAAGCAGGUUGAGAUUUUGUUGCAUCAUCAGUGUCCUGUUUUGUAGAUUCUCCUCAGCAAUGCACCUAUUUCAACUUUGUCCUUUCUUUUUGCAGAGUGCCAGCAUCUUAUUAAGUGGUGUUUAGCUCUGAGGCCUUCUGACCGACCAUCCUUUGAAGACAUUCUGAACCAUUCUUGGAUGCAAGAAGUUCUCCUGUCUCAGGAAACAGCUGAGAUCCACCUGCACAGUCUACUGCACGAGUCUAGAAAAUAGCAGUGUGUCUCAUCCUUUUGGGGUGCAAAACAGAAUUCUGCCCUACUGAUUCUGGCUGAGUGGGGAUUUUUACAGGAAUACCAUCAUCUCAUUGCAGACACAGGCUGCCUGGAGACAUUUCCAAGCCUGAAAAAAACCAUCUCUCCUGGUCGAGUGGAUUUAAACUCUUUGGGUCCCGCUUUGCAAACCUCCUUGCCACUAGAUGACUUGAGCAACUCCAUGCGUGUUCAUAACCUGCUGAAUCCUAGAAUAUGAAACAAGUGGAGCAGACAACUAGAGCAGACUCUCAAUUGGGGGAAUCUGGGAUGGGGAAACACCGAUUUGGACUGGCCCCUGUCUUCACUGUGUCACCAUGUUCUGAGUGCCUUCAGUUGCAACUGAGCUGUGCUGGGGGAAAGAAAAUACUUGAGCGUUCCUUCCUUGCUGCUGCCUCAAGAUUUACCUGGGUUUUGGUUUGUUCCACCUUAUAAAAGAACUGCUUGAAAAGAGGCUGUGGGUGAUCCACUAGCAAACCCUAGCUCUGUGUUGUCCAAUAUGAACUCUGAGUUGGCUCUUGCCGCCUCUCACGUGAAGGCAUCCUCAAGUGCACAAACAAUGCAACCCAAUUAACUGUAAAUUUGUACAGAUCAAUACAGGAACAAAGCUUGGUGUACAGAAGAUUGCAGUUUAUAAUGUUUUUACUCCUGUUUUUUUAAUUUAUUUCUAGGGUUUUUUAAUGGAAUAUCCUAACUUUAGGAUCUUAUUUAUUUUAUUUAUGAAUCAUGUGGGUUCUUAGCCUACACUUCACCGCUACAGCUGCUGACCUGAUAUCCUGUCACAUUGCCCCUCUCCUCCCCUUUCCCAACUUCCUUCCUCCAUUGGGUUAUUUUCUGCCUAUUCUGGUCUGUUUGAUGUCUUGCCACUGUAUGGAGUAGCUGACCUGCCACUCAGCCAUCUGUAAAUAGUUCCAGCUGUGGCUGUUCAGCCUCCCCGAAUGUUUGAGACAUGUUUUCACAGGUAUUGGUGGGGGGAGGGCAUAUGUACAUAGUACUCUUCUUACUUAAAGUGGAGCGAGAUACGCUGGACUUCAACAUUGUCAAGCUUCUAUAAGUAAUUUGGUGUGUAGUCUGCUGGUUUUGUUAAUAGCUAAUACUGUACAGGGAAUUCAGAAUUGCUAUUUUUUUUAUACAUGCAGUUUUAAAUAAAAAUGAAAACUUGAUUUUAA